CCGGACCCCGGCCGGUGUGCGUCCUCUUUAAAACCAAGACAAGACCCUCCCCUUCCUCCUCACUGCCACACCACGCACCACACCCAUUAUCAAUUCAUCCACCGUUCACCUCUCUCUUUCUACUAGAGUCUCUAGACUGCAACAAGAAGACGGUUUCGUCGAGAAGGAAACCAAAGUUCAAAGUGACAACCGACCAUCGUCAAUGGAGAUGGCGGUUAAUGCGAGAGACGAGGAGAAGAAGUACGACGGGGACGACAACCAUCUCGGGCUUGGGCUAAGCCUCAGCCUCGGCAUCGCCACCACCGCGGCUACUCCGGUCGAGGUCGACCCGCCGCCGCGGCAGCAGCAGCAGCAGCGAGCUAUCAGCGUCGCGCCCAUCUCCUCCCUCCCCGCGCCGCAGUGGUGGAACGGACCCGCCGGUCUCUUCUUCUCCCCCUCCUCCGGGAUGAAGAUGGAUCCAUCUCUGGAGAGGAAGCAUCAGCAUCAGCAGCAGCAGCAGCAGCAGGCGGCGGCCACGAGCUACAGCCACGAUAUGCCGUUCCUGCGUGGGAUCGACGUGAACCGGCGGGCCACCGCCGGAGAGACCCGGAGGGGCCGCAGCUGCAGCGAGGACGAGGAGCCCGGCGCGUCGUCGCCGAACAGCACGCUCUCCAGCCUCAGCGGGAAGCGCGCCGCGCCGGCGAGGAGCAGCGGAGAAGUGGAUCGAGAGGCCGACGGCCACACCCCGAGAGCCGGAGGCGGCGGCAGCGACGACGAGGACUCCGGCGCCGGCGGUGGGUCGCGCAAGAAGCUCCGCCUCUCCAAGGACCAGGCCGCCGUCCUCGAGGACAGCUUCAAGGAGCACAACACCCUCAACCCCAAGCAGAAGGCGGCGCUGGCGAAGCAGCUGAACCUGAAGCCACGUCAGGUUGAGGUCUGGUUCCAGAACCGCAGAGCCAGGACGAAGCUGAAGCAGACGGAGGUGGACUGCGAGUUCCUGAAGCGCUGCUGCGAGACGCUGACGGAGGAGAACCGGCGGCUGCAGCGGGAGGUGGCGGAGCUGCGCGCGCUCAAGCUCGUGGCGCCGCACCACUACGCGCGGAUGCCGCCGCCAACCACGCUCACCAUGUGCCCCUCCUGCGAGCGCCUCGCCUCCGCGCCCGCCGACGAGGCGGUGGCGGGCCGUACCGCCGCGCCCACAGGGCCCUGGGGCCCUCUCCCCGUGCGGCCAGUGUUCGUCGACGGCCCGGCCCGGAGGUCAUGAUCGAUCGACAGACAAUGGAAUGAGAUGGACGCGCUUGCUAAUUGCUACUGCUAGCCAAGUAGCUAGUGCUAAUUAGGGUUGGAUCUCUCUUUUUUUUUUGCCCUUUUUAUUAUACCUGCAGCUUAGUUUAGGUUUUUAUUAUUAGUCCUAUAUAAUCUUUGCUGUUUUCGCACUGUUUUGUUUGCUGAAAAUAGAUAACGAUAUGAUGUCUUGUGUCUUGUAUUCAUAAGUCAUAAUAACUCAUAAAUGAUAGAUGCCAUGGUCUUACUACUUUGCAAUUUGCAUAUA